AUUCGAUGUUGGAUAUUUUGCUUCCCCUAAUGCUAGCAAAUAUUAAGGGGCCUCAUCUGUUGAGCCCAAGCCCAGAGUGUUGACCGUUGCCCAUAAACCUGCAGCUGGAAUGCCGCAGUGAAGCAGAAUUGACGAAUUGGAUCAAUUGGAGGAGAAGAGAAAUUCGUUGAUCGAAUUAGGCAGAUUGAUGGGGACGCGUGAGGUGUACGAAGAGAAGCUGCGGAGAGGGAAUCUCCACCACGAUCCCACCAUCCAACCAGGCCUCGGCACCCCCCGCUGCCCGCGCUGCCUUUCUCUCUUAAACCCUGCUAAGGAAAAUUCCGAAUGGCAGAUCACUCCGGUUCUGCACGACGUCACUACCGUGGCUGGCUCUGGGGUUGGUGGUCUGCUUAGUGCAGUUCAUGGUUUUAACACAGGAAUUCCUUAUUUCCAAAACCGUGUGAAGGGACCUAAGUGGCUUCCAUUUGUUAUUGGGCUUCCUCCUCUUCUGAUGUUUUCUGCAGCUAGUGCUGCUUUUGGAGGCUAUGCUCUACCUAAGUUCAGUCAACUCAUUGUGACAUCUUAUUAUGCUUCUUCAAGCGUUUCCCAUUACGGCAUUUCAUUGCUCACAAGACAUAUUGAAGACAAUCACAUCUCUAAAGUUCAACAGAAGCAGCUUCCAUGAUUGGCUGGAGGGGUUUAUAAUCAUAGCUACUUGGUUCAGUUUUGUAUUUUAGUGUACUUACAAAUUACAAUUACUUGUAACUGGAACUAUCAUGUAAAUUUAUAAACAAUAACUUUCUAUCUGUUUGACUGGCUUGUACACUCAACUCUUUAAUCUGCUAUUUUGGGCCAUAUGAUGAUCAUAUUUGAGUUA